CGCCCUCAGCAGAGUGCUGCUUAGGCAGAACAUGCCCCUCCCUCCUCUGUGGUGGUUGGGAAAGCCGGAGUUCAGAGGCUGAAUUGCUUCACUGGCUGAUGGUGGCUGACUGAAAGCAGACUACCGGAUUUCUGAUUCUUCCCCAGGGGCCCUCAUCACGUGCUACCUAGAAGCACACUUCUCUAACAUUAAUAUCUUAAAGGAUGGCUUGCCUUCUUCCUGCUGCUCAGAGAGUUCCUGCAGGGUUUCUCUUCCUAGUGCUUUGGGGCUCGGUUCUAGGUGACAAGCUGCUCGUGGUCCCCCAGGAUGGAAGCCACUGGCUUAGCAUGAAGGAGAUAGUGGAGAAUCUCAGUCAAAGGGGACAUGACGUCACAGUGCUAGUGCCAGAAGUCAACUUGCUUUUGGGAGAAUCCAAAUACUACAAGAGGAAAACCUUCCCAGUGUCCUAUGACCUUGAAGAGCUGCAGAUGCGUUUCCGCAUCUUUGGAAACAACCACUUUGCUCCCCGUUCACAGCUGAUGGCUCCUUUAAGAGAAUACAGGAACAACAUGAUUAUCAUCGACCUGUGCUUUUUCAGCUGCCAGAGCCUCCUGAAGGACUCUGCCACCCUCGGCUUCCUCAGGGAGAGCAAGUUUGAUGCUCUAUUCACAGACCCAGCCAUGCCCUGUGGUGUGAUCCUGGCUGAGUAUCUGAACCUGCCCUCUGUCUACCUCUUCAGAGGUUUCCCAUGCUCUCUGGAGCACAUGCAUGGACAAAGUCCUAGCCCCGUGUCCUAUGUUCCCAGAUUCUACACCCAAUUCUCAGACCACAUGACAUUCCCCCAACGGGUGGCCAACUUCAUUGUUAACGUCUUAGAGAACUACUUAUUUUACCGUCUGUAUGCAAAGUAUGAAGUCCUCGCCUCAGAACUCCUCAAGAGAGACGUGUCCCUACCGAUCUUACACCAAAACUCUCUGUGGCUGUUACGGUAUGACUUUGUGUUCGAAUUCCCCCGGCCAGUCAUGCCUAACAUGAUCUUCAUUGGAGGAACUAACUGCAAGAAGAAGGGAGAACUGACUCAGGAAUUCGAAGCCUAUGUCAACGCCUCUGGAGAGCAUGGCAUUGUGGUUUUCUCUUUGGGAUCCAUGGUCUCGGAGAUUCCAGAGAAGAAAGCUAUGGAAAUCGCUGAGGCUUUGGGCAGAAUUCCUCAGACUGUCCUGUGGCGCUACACCGGACCUAGACCAUCGAAUCUUGCAAAGAACACAAUACUUGUCAAAUGGCUACCCCAAAAUGAUCUGCUUGGUCAUCCAAAGGCUCGUGCGUUCAUCACACACUCUGGCUCCCAUGGUAUUUAUGAAGGAAUAUGCAAUGGAGUUCCCAUGGUGAUGAUGCCCUUGUUUGGCGAUCAGAUGGACAAUGCCAAGCGCAUGGAAACUCGGGGAGCUGGAGUCACCCUGAAUGUCCUUGAAAUGACUGCUGAUGAUUUGGAAAAUGCCCUAAAAGCGGUCAUCAAUGACAAGAGCUACAAGGAGAACAUCAUGCGUCUCUCCAGACUUCACAAGGACCGUCCUAUAGAGCCUCUGGACCUGGCUGUGUUCUGGGUGGAGUACGUGAUGAGGAACAAGGGGGCACCACACCUGCGUCCGGCCGCCCAUGACCUCACCUGGUACCAAUACCAUUCCUUGGAUGUGAUUGGCUUCCUCCUGGCCAUCGUGUUGACAGUGGUCUUCACUGUCUUUAAGUGCUGUGCCUAUGGCUGCCGAAAAUGCUUUGGGAAAAAGGGGCGAGUUAAGAAAUCACAGAAAUCCAAGACCCAUUGAGAAGUGGAUGGGAAGUGAAGAGGAAAUAUUGAUUCAUUCUCCAAUCAGUUUGACACUUGAAAACAGAAUCAGUGUUAAAUUUAUUUUGCUUUUAUUUGGGAAAUAAUUAGCCGUACACUACAUACACAGAACAUUUUUUAAAAAGAAAACAAUCUAAUUUCUGGCCACGCCCAUCCGGGAAGGUAUGGACAAUGCUUGCCAUCUGUUGGUAACUUACGGAAAGUUUGGCAGUCUGUAUUCAACGACAGCCCCACAGUCAUUAGAUUCCUCGCCUGGAUUCUCAGAUUGUUGUGACCUUCUCCAGUGCUAGUCAUUCGUCCUGGUGUUAUGGGCAACAUGGCCUUUGUAGCUUUGGGAGAAAGGAUGAUGCUAUGAAACUGAUGGUACUGUCUUUGAGAUGAUAAUCAUUGCUUGUGUGAAGCAGGUCUGAAUUUGAUGAAAACCAAAGUAUAUUCUUAGGCAAGUACAUCUUCUGUAGUGUUUCCCAAACCAAGAAUGUAUUAAUAAAUUCACAUAAAUUGUACUUAUUAUUUCUUUC